GUAAACAAGAAAGGUGAAUUUGUUCUAAAGUUCUGUUUCUGGGAAUAUGACAAGAACCAUAAAACAUUAAGCAGAGAAGUCUUUAAGUUUGUCAAUGACAGACUUGUUGACAGAGAUGACGCCGAUUGGAAAGAUGAAGUCCAACAAAAGUUCUUAGAAUGCAAAGAAGACACAUGCGCUGUUCUUGAAGAUGAAAUAGAAAACAGAAUAGAUGAGCUAUUAAAGGACAAAGAACUUUUACAUAAAUAUGGUUGCGCCAAAUUUGACAUAACUCCACCAGAGAAGAAGAAGAAGAGAGAAAAGAAAGAAAAGAAAGUAGAAGAAAAGAAAGUAGAAGAAGAGAAGAAAGAACCAGAGCCAGAGAAGAAGAAAUUUGACAUGUAA